GCUGUGCAGGAGGCCAAGGAGCUCCUGGAGUCCAGGCUGAAGGCCCUGAAGAGUGACCUGGAGGACUAUGAGGUGUUCCGUUCCACCGAGGAGAAGGAGAGCAAGGAGCUCCUGAAGCAGAUGGCAGCCGAGCGGGAGAAGGUGGGGGCCGAGUUCCAGGCGCUGCGGGCCUUCCUGGUGGAGCAGGAGGGCCGGCUCCUGGGCCGCCUGGAGGAGCUGUCCCGGGAGGUGACACAAAAGCAGAACGAGAACCUGGCCCAGCUGGGGGGCGAGAUCGCCCAGCUGUCCAAGCUCACCAGCCAGAUCCAGGAGACGACCAGCAAGCCCGACCUUGACUUUCUGCAGGAAUUUAAAAACACACUAAGCAGGUGCAGCAACGUGCCGGCCCCCAAGCCAAGCACAGUCUCUUCUGAGAUGAAGAAUAAAGUCUGGAACGUUUCCCUCAAGACCUUUGUCUUAAAGGGGCUGUUCAAGAAGUUCAAAGAGGACCUUCGUGGAGAGCUGGAGAAAGAGGAGAAAGUGGAGCUGACCUUGGACCCGGACACGGCCAACCCCCGCCUCAUCCUCUCGCUGGAUCUUAAGAGCGUGCGCCUCGGACAGCGGGCCCAGGACCUGCCCAACCACCCGCGUCGCUUUGACACCAACACGCGCGUCCUGGCCUCCUGCGGCUUCUCCUCCGGGCGGCACCACUGGCUCAACGGUGGGCAGUACUGGGCCGUGACCAGCCCCGAGCGGACACCCCUCAGCUGCGGCCACCUGUCCCGCGUGCGGGUGGCGCUGGACCUGGAGGUGGGGGCCGUGUCCUUCUACGCUGUGGAGGACAUGCGCCACCUCUACACCUUCCGUGUCAACUUCCAGGAGCGUGUGUUCCCCCUGUUCUCCAUCUGCUCCACAGGCACCUACCUGCGCAUCUGGCCUUGAGAGACCCUGCCCGGCCCCCCAGAGGGAGCGGGCCCGUCCAGGGUGCAGCCUUCUCCUGGCCGCCCCUGGGAAGGGACGGAAGCUCCGCUGGGCUUCCUGCUCACUUCACCCUUCCUGGCCCCGGCUGCCUUAGACAGGCUUCAGGAGACCAAGCAGCAGAGGCAGGAAGGCCUUGGCCCCCGGGGCCUGUCCCCUUCCUGGCAUGUGGCUUUGGUACCAGCUGCUCGGAGGGGUGGGGGGUGAGGACAGGAGCCCAGCUGUGGACAGAGCUGCUUCCUGUUCGGGGCUCACUGCUCAGACUCAGCAGCGCCUCUGGCUCCUGGAGCAACACCAAGCCCUGGGCCUGUGUCGGCCUCAGUUGCAAGGGGCAUAUUUGGGGCCAGGCCGGCCAGGUUCAUGGUCACUUCUGUUUUGCCUUCUUGUCCGCUGCCAGCUGCCUUCAGGGACCUGCGUCCAGCUGGCUCACCAAACCGCCUACUCAGGGAGGAGCACUGCUCCCAGCUCAGAGGACAGUCUGGGCCAGAACUGGAGGCAGCGCCUUGACCUGUCCGUGAGGGAAAAGCCCCAGACGACACUAUGUAGGCAUGGCUACCCUCUGACGCCCAGAAUCUGAUGAUCCUCGGCCACAGUGACGGCCACGUGUUCUCACAGCUGCCUAAACCCCUCUCAAGUGCCAAAGUGCAGUCUCGCUGGGUAAGGAGACAGAAGGUUCUGGAAUUCUGAAAUACCGGAGAGCACUUACAGUUUUACAGGUGCCGCUAGCACCAGCAUGGAAACGCAGAGCAGAAGCGUGCCCCUGGCAGAUUCUUUCUGGAACUUGCCGAACGUGUGCCACCAGCAGAGGACCCUGGUGGCUGCCAUCACCCGAGCUCAUUGCUCCCCAGCCGCUCUAAGGCUGGGCGUCUGGGAGGGUGGUGGGGGGCUGUUCCUUGCGUAGUGCUCCCCAGGAAGGGCUAGAGGUGGAAAUACAGACUGUGAGCUCGUUUCUAC